CCGUCCUGUCCCACCGCUCCGGGGAGGCGGGCCGAGGGUCGCGGCCCGGAGCCGGGGGGGAGGCGAUGGCGGCGGAGGCCGCCGACCCGCGGAGAGCCGGAGAGCUGCCGCAGCUGGCGGAAAAUCUGCUGUGUCGGCUGCAGGAGAAUUUUCAGACUCUGACGGAAAAGUUAACGCUGAGAAUGGAAGAAAUGGGUGAGCGCAUCAAUGACCUCGAGAAGCGUGUUGCUGACCUGAUGACAGAGGCUGGGAUAGAAGAGAACACUGAUGAAGACUUGAGAUCCAGCGGAGAAGGGGAGCAAUAGAGUGGCUCAGUGGACACCUGGCAUCCAGCCAAGGGCAACCCUCCACAACUGUAAACCAGUAAACUGUAAACUCCAGCAGGAAUUGGGACCCUUGUGUUUUACUUCUGUGACUCAUUCUAAAUCCUCUAAAAUAACGCUUGACGGCAAAAAAGCAUAUUCUGCUUUAUCUUGUGACAAACUGGACCAAAAAGUACAGGUAUCUCAUUUCUGCGUAGGCUGGUUUGUUUUUUAAUUAAUCCUGUAUAUGUGCAUGUAUCAUGUUAAAAAACAAACUCCCACAGAACGCCAACUCCAGAAGUUGGCAGAAAUGCAGAUAGAAAUUUCAAGAGUCAUGCCACAGUGGAAUCCAGUCCAAGUCUCCCGAGUAUAUAUGCAUUUUAGUAUACCAUUAGACAAACUGGAGAUCAAGUGACAGAAAGCAUGGCUCGUGGUUUCUUCAGCUGGUGGCUGUGCAGCCAGCUCCAGAACAGCAAUUAUGCUUUGGCUCUGUAGAAUCUACUGAGUACUUUAAACUGCCUCCUCUGUGCACAACCACCAUGUAAAAGGAGUCCGUCACCACAAGUCAGUUAAGCUGAUGGGGAGAGGGUUGUGUGCAAAGUCAUGGAAGAUGUUUUCUCUGAGUUUUGUCAAAUAUUAAUUAUCUGAUCUUUGCUAAAUAUUAAUCAACGCACCUUAGAGUUUUAUUCCCAUUUUUAGUGGAAACAUAUUCUACACAAGUAAAUCCUGAGAAAAGUGAUAAGCCUUCAUCUUCCAACAUAAUGGAUUUACAUCCAAUUACACCUGUGUUCAUUCACAAAUUUAAUUAGCUGAAAAAAAUUAAAGUGAAUAUGUGGAACUCUCACUUUAUUCUUUUAAAAAAAGCUAUCGUUUUCCCAGAUAUUUUUGUAACAAAAGCAGACAAAACCAGUCAAAAUGUUUUUCUCCAAACAGGCUUUCCGUGUACAAAAAUACAUAAUACCAAAAGGACAACAAAGAGUAAAGUCUUUAAAAAAUAAAACCCCAAAAUUCAGCUACAAUAGUACUGCAGUCAAGACAGUCACAGGCUUUGAGUCUUCUACUUUUCAAACAGAUUUUAAACCUUUUAAAUAAUUCAAAUUAUGCUCAAAGUUCAAGGAUUUGUAGGGUUUUUUCUUUUAAUAUACA